AGCGGCCCGGCCUUGACAAGGCUUGGGCGACACUGCCGGGUUCCUGCUGCGAGCGGUCAGCAUGCCUCUCCACCUGUUCUUGCUCUUGGCGCUUUUUCUGGCAAGCUGCGUAGUGGCAGGUCCCAGCUACAGCCUGAGAAGGAGCUGGCGGGUGAGCAACGGGAAUGGCUCCUUGGAGCUACCGGCGACUGUCCCCGGCUCGGUGCACAGCGCCCUGCACCAGAACGGGCUGAUCCAGGAUCCUUACUACAGAUUUAAUGACCUGAACUACAGGUGGAUUUCCUUAGAUAACUGGACCUACAGCACGGAAUUUAAAAUCCCCUUUAAUCCCAGUGAAUGGCAGAAAGUAAAGUUGAUUUUUGAUGGAGUUGAUACAGUUGCAGAAAUCCUGUUCAACAAUGUCACUGUCGGGAAGACAGACAACAUGUUCACUGGAUACAGCUUUGACGUCACCAAUGUGGUCAAAGACGUGAACUCCUUAAAGCUGCGCUUCCAGUCAGCAGUGCACUAUGCUGAGCGUCAGAGCAAAGCUCACGCACGCUACCCGGUGCCCCCAGAGUGCCCCCCAGUGGAGCAGAAGGGUGAAUGCCACGUCAACUUCAUCCGAAAGGCCCAGUGCUCCUUCAGCUGGGACUGGGGGCCUUCCUUCCCCUCUCAAGGAGUCUGGAGAGAUGUCAGACUUGAAGCCUACAACAUUACUUCUCUGGAUUACCUCACAUUUUUGACAGUAUAUGAUAACACUUCUCAGGCAUGGAAUAUAGAAAUAGAGGCUUCUUUGGACCUUGUCAGCUCAAAGCCAGUUGGUGGUCAGGUGACUGUAGCCAUCCCUCAACUGAAAACACGGCAGACAAACCACAUUGAACUUCAACAGGGGCAAAGGAUUGUUAAACUCCUUGUCAAAAUUAGGAAGGACGUUGCUGUGGAGACCUGGUGGCCUCGCGGACAUGGGAACCAGACUGGGUACAACAUGACAAUUCUCUUUGAGCUGGAUGGAGGCUUAAAAAUUGAAAAAGCAGCCAAGGUUUAUUUCAGGACAGUGCAACUUAUAGAAGAGAGCAUAAAAGGGUCUCCUGGUCUGAGUUUCUACUUCAAAAUUAAUGGACUUCCUAUAUUUCUGAAAGGCUCAAAUUGGAUUCCAGCGGACUUCUUCCAAGAUAAAGUCACUUCCGAACUGCUGCAACUCCUUUUCCAGUCCGUCGUGGAUGCUAACAUGAACACCCUGCGCGUGUGGGGAGGUGGCAUCUAUGAGCAGGAUGAGUUCUAUGCACUCUGUGACGAACUUGGAAUAAUGGUGUGGCAGGACUUUAUGUUUGCCAGCGCCCUUUACCCAACCGAGCCAGGCUUCUUAGAGUCAGUGAGAAAAGAAGUCACCUACCAGGUCAGGAGACUGAAAUCUCACCCUUCCAUCAUCAUAUGGAGUGGUAAUAAUGAGAAUGAAGUUGCUCUCAGGGUGAACUGGUUCCACAUAAAUCCCAGGGACAUGAAAACUUACAUUGAUGACUAUGUGACCCUCUAUGUGAAAAACAUCAGAGAGAUUGUCUUAUCAGAAGACAAGAGCCGUCCUUUCAUUGCAUCCAGCCCAACCAAUGGGAUCAAAACCAUGGAGGAAGGCUGGAUCUCUUACAACCCUUUUAGCUUCCAGUAUGGCGAUAUCCAUUUUUAUGACUAUAUCCGUGACUGCUGGAAUUGGAAGAUCUUCCCAAAAGCUCGACUAGUGUCUGAAUAUGGUUAUCAGUCCUGGCCUUCCUUCAGCACACUACAAAAGGUUUCAUCUCAAGAGGACUGGUCUUACAACAGCCGCUUUUCCCUCCAUCGGCAGCAUCAUAGAGAUGGUAAUAAACAGAUGCUCCACCAGGUCAAGCUGCAUUUCAAACUCCCCCAAAGGACUGACCCGUUGCGCACAUUUAAAGAUACUAUCUACCUCACUCAGGUGAUGCAGGCCCAGUGUAUCAAGACAGAAACCGAGUUCUACCUGCGCAGCCGCAGCGAGAUAGUGGAUGGCAAAGGCCACACCAUGGGGGCCCUGUACUGGCAGCUGAAUGAUAUCUGGCAGGCUCCUUCCUGGGCCUCACUUGAGUACGGAGGAAAAUGGAAAAUGCUGCAUUACUUUGCUCGGCGUUUCUUCGCUCCGCUGUUGCCAGUAGGUUUUGAAGAUGAAGGUGUUUUUUAUGUCUAUGGUGUGUCAGAUCUUCACAAAGACUACCGCACAAAGCUCACUGUGACGCUCCAUCGCUGGAGUUCCCCGAAGCCUUUGUGCUCCUUCGUGAAUUCAAGUAUUGUGAUUAAGGCCGGGGAGGCGGUGGUUCUGUUCCAGAAGCCGGUGUCUGAUCUGCUGAAGAGAUGCAGGGGAUGUACAAGGAAAUCGUGUGUGGUUUCCUUUUACCUUUCAACUGACAAAGAACUCCUCAGCCCAACCAACUACCAUUUCCUGUCCUCCCUGAAGGAUGCUGAGGGACUGGUCAAGGCCAACAUCACUGUCAACAUCUCUCAGAAGGGCGAUGUUUUUGUUUUUGAUCUGGAAACGUCAGCGGUCGCUCCCUUUGUUUGGUUGGACGUGGGAAGCAUCCCAGGGCGAUUUAGCGAUAAUGGCUUCCUCAUGAUUGAGAAGACGCGCUCGGUACUGUUUUACCCUUGGAAGCCCACCAGCCAGCGUGAGCUGCAGCAGGCCUUCAGUGUCACCUCCCUGACGGAUACCUACUGAAGGGGCGUGGCUUGUAUGUCAGUGGACACUGGGGACCAUGCCUUUCUAAAGUAUGGCCGGAGGAGAAGGCAGCCGAAGGUAAAGCCAAAGAAGGAUCUGCUGCCUGGGGCGCCAUGACGACCCGCGCCUCCAGUUUGAACAGUGACUGUUCAUCCAGGUGAUGCCCUUAGACAAGGUCAUAUCCAGGGAUUCUUGAAUCUUUCACGAUUUUUUUUUUUUUUUUUUUUUUUUUUAGAACUUCGUUCCACAGCUAAAGCAGAGCCAGGAGAGUUCUACCCGAUGACCUUUCGGGGAACCACUAGAUUGUGACAUGAUUGUAUUGUAAGGCCAUGGAAAAAUACUGGCUGAUCCCUGGCUGCACCAGGUUCAUGAGAAACUGACCCCGGGGACCCCCGAGACCAUUCUUCAGAACUCAGUAUUCCAGGAAAUGGCCCACCACAAAGAGCAGCCAAGCCAGAUAGCUGAAUGAGCUAAUCAAUGUAGAGGGUGUGUUUGCAUAACCGUUUACUGGAAUUCCCCUAGACCCCACCUGCUUGGGGUCUUUGGACUUAAAUGCUUGCCUUAACAGCCACCUGGGGUUCCGCUCCUUCCUGCUCCUUCCCGAAGGCAGCGGAACCCCAGCGUGCUGGACCAGUAAAAAUCCUCUUGCUUUUGCAACGAACUUCGGACUCUUGGUGGUCUUUGGG